AUGCUCCCUGCAACCGCAGCCCUUGUUCCCGCGGCGUCGGUGGCCCGGCCGCUGGGCGCGGGCAACGAUGGCAAGGGCAGCGACUCCGUGUCCGGCAACAGCAGCGGCUUCAGCGGCUUCAGCGGCAGCGGCGGCAGCGGCGGCAGCGGCGACAGCAACGGCGCCGGCAGCCCGGACCUGGAGGACAGCGUCGACCUCGCCAGCCCUGACCUCGACGACCAAGGCAGCAGCAACCGCGGCCGGUGCGGACACCCUAGCUCCGAAGACGGGCACGCCAACAACGCCGUCAGCAGCGACUACGGCGCGGGCACCAGCAGCGGGAGCGUCAGCGGGGACGGCAACAGCGCCCAGAACAAUAGCAAUGGCGGAGCACAUCGGAGGGCAGGUGGCGGCGGCGGGAGGCAGCCCCCUUCGGGUAAGCGUAAGAGAGAGCGGAGCGUGUGCGCCCCCGUGCCGCCACCGCCCGCCGUGGUGGCCGCACCGCCGGUGGUGGCGGCCGUGGGAAACCGGGGAAGCGGCGGCGGUGGUCAGAAGCAGCAGCAGCAGCAGCAGCAACAACAGCAGCAAGCGACAGUUCACAAGGCGGCAGUAGCAGCAGCUACCACCGGCACCGGCCGUGCCCGCCGAGGAGGAGGAGGCGGUGCUGCGGGUGGCCCGGAGCCGGAGGCGCGCGGGGGCGGGCGAUCGGCCUCAGGGGGGACAGCAGAUUGGGCAGGGGAUGGAGCGUCACCAGUGUCGGCGCUCGCGGCACUGGCGGCUGCAGCGGCAGCUGCGUCUCAAGCGGCGCCCUUGACACAGGAGCAGCAGCCCUCGAGGCGACUGGCCGCGAAGAAAUCCAUACUCUUCAGGCACGGAGCUGACUCUCAGUCUUGAAGUAUAACCAACCUUGAUCCGGGGAGGAGCGUC